CUACAUAUAUAAAGAGAUAACGAUAUAACCAGCAACGGAAGAGGUUCCGAAAAACAGUCGAGAUCCGAACGUCGCGGAGUUUACACAUAAAUAAAAGGUUUCGAAGCGGAGUCAAGUCCCAGGAAGUAUCAUCAUGCUGAAGGCGAUUAUUAUUUUUGCCACGGUCUUGGUCGCCGUGGCCCUGGCCAUGCAACCAUUGGACGCCAAGGACGAUAAUAGCCGCCACCACCACCUGAACCACAAGCGCCAGUUGUCCCAGCACACCCACAGCCAUCAGCAACAUGGUUCAGGUCUUGCAGAGAAGAAGGAGCACCUGAAGCAUGGUAGAGAGGUGGUUGACCAUGUUGCAUCCCACGUCAAAGGACACGCCAAGUCGCACAAGCCUCACAAGAAGCACCACCACCAGUCGCAGGAUGAGCACUCCCGCCGGAAGGCUCGCUCCCACUCCUCCAAACACCACUCGCAUAAAUCAGGACACCCCCACAAACACCAUUCGGCAUCCCGUCGCCAUUAGAUAUCCUAUUUAUAUCCUAGCUUAUAUGUGUGUAAGCCAUUUCCAAAAUAAAAACAAAGAUCCCUAAAAUA